CCCCCCCCCCCCCCCCCCCGCCACGGGAUCCCGGCCCUCGUUCACCCGUUAGUCUCCUAAAAUAGACACCCCGAGGCAGUUACUGAUGCACCGUUUCCAUGCUUUGGGGGUUCCUCCGGUGUGACCAGAAAAGGGGCUGAAGGUGCCCAACCCGCGUCCUUUAAAGCCUCCGCCAGCCAGCGCCGCUGUAACCUCGCGCACCGGCAGGGCGCCCGCUGCUCCGACGCGCGCCACGGGACCCCGGGACUCCCCGCCCCGGGAAUCUCCGGCAACCACGGGGCCGGAGCACGUGGAGCGGCCGGGGAGCCUGAGCUGCAGCUCCAGCCCAGCGCGGCAGCCCGGCGUGGACAUGGAAGAUAUACAACCAAAUCCAGAGCUGAAAAGCAGUCAGGAGCAAUCUGUCCCCACAGAAAGUCCAACAGCUUCAAGUGACUACAGUUUAACCAAACCACAUGAAAUAGAAAAUGUGGAUAGUGCAGAUGGCCUGGCCAAUGAAGAUGAUGAUGAAGCUGCAGAUGAUUCGAUGAAAGUAAAAGACGAAUACAGCGAGAGAGAUGAGAAUGUUUUAAAGCCAGAGCCCAUGGGAAAUGCAGAGGAGCCUGACAUUCCAUACAGCUACGCAAGAGAAUAUAACGAGUAUCAGAACAUCAAGCUUGAGAGGCACGUUGUCUCCUAUGACAGCAGCAGACCAGCCAGUGGCAAGUUGAACUGUGAUGUGUGUGGACUGUCCUGCAUUAGCUUCAAUGUUUUAAUGGUCCAUAAGCGGAGCCACACUGGUGAACGCCCGUUCCAGUGCAAUCAGUGUGGAGCAUCUUUUACUCAGAAGGGUAACCUCCUCCGCCACAUUAAGUUGCACACAGGGGAAAAACCUUUUAAGUGUCACCUCUGCAACUACGCCUGCCAAAGGAGAGACGCACUCACAGGGCACCUUAGGACACAUUCGGUGGAAAAGCCUUACAAAUGUGAGUUUUGCGGACGGAGUUACAAGCAGAGAAGUUCCCUGGAGGAACAUAAGGAGCGGUGCCGCACAUUUCUUCAGAGCUCUGACCUGGGUGACACAGCAAGUACGGAGGCAAGACACAUCAAAACAGAGAUGGGAAGUGAAAGAGCUCUCGUUCUGGAUAGAUUAGCAAGCAAUGUGGCAAAACGAAAAAGCUCAAUGCCUCAGAAAUUCAUUGGGGAGAAGCGCCAGUGUUUUGACGCCAACUACAAUUCCAACUACAUGUAUGAGAAAGAGAAUGAGAUCAUUCAGACCAGAAUGAUGGACCACACCAUCAAUAACGCCAUCAGCUAUCUUGGGGCUGAGGCCCUGCGCCCCCUGGUCCAGACCCCACCUGCUCCCACCUCUGAGAUGGUCCCCGUCAUCAGUAGCAUGUACCCUAUAGCCCUCACCCGGGCUGAGAUGUUGAAUGGUACUCCCCAGGAGCUGGAGAAGAAGACCACCCACCUGCCAGAGAAGAGCCUGCCUUCCGAGAGAGGCCUGUCCCCCAAUAACAGCGGCCACGACUCCACGGACACAGACAGCAAUCACGAUGAGCGCCAGAGCCACCUCUACCAGCCAAGUCCCCUGGCCGUCUCCAGGGCCCGCAAUGGGAUGCCACUCCUGAAGGAGAUCCCACGCCCCUACGACCUCCUCAAGGCCCCUCCCGUCUGCCCCAGGGACUCCAUCAACGUGAUCGGCAAGGAAGGGGAGGUGAUGGAUGUGUUUCGCUGCGACCACUGCCGCGUGCUCUUCCUGGAUUAUGUGAUGUUUACCAUCCACAUGGGCUGCCACGGCUUCCGUGACCCUUUCGAGUGUAAUAUGUGUGGAUAUCGAAGCCACGACCGAUACGAGUUCUCCUCUCACAUAGCCAGAGGAGAACACAGGAUCAUGCUGAAGUGAGCCUCUUGGCUCAUAAAUCUUGCCUAAAGAUUCCACAUCAUUGAAAAAAAAAAAAAAGAGUGAUAACCCCACCCAAUAGGCUGCUUUUAACCCCCUGCUCCUUCUAAUACCAUUUUUAGUACCCAAAGGGUUGUGUGCAAAGGGAGACCCAGAGAAACACGGUCUUCAUUCAGAAAUGGUUCCCAGAUCUAUUACAUGGUGACUUUGAUGAAACCUUUGUUUUCCUCUCUGUCAGAUUUGGUAGGAUUUAAGAG